AUGGAAAACAUUGCAACAGACGAAUUUCUUGUAGAUGUCUUUUACUAUGACUACAUACUCUCAAAAGCUAUUGAGAUAUACCAGAGUGGGUCUUCGCCAAGCAUAGCUGCUACAUGUCUUCAGAUUGCAACAGUCCUUUGUAAAAGAAUCAGAUCGGAAGGUCUUCCUCUGGACAAGCAGCUAUAUUUGAAGGAGAUGUAUCUAAAAGUCCUGCAAAUGCUAAGAUUCUACGAAGAUAAGUUUCUUCAGAACAGGCAUGGCGAUGACAUGGCCGUGUUUCUGAAAGGAUUUGAGUGCUUCAAGACCAUUAUCAACGAAUAUCCUAAAAUCAAGGAAGAUCCGGAUUUUCAAGCACUAAGUACAGUAAGUCUGGUGAUUUACAAAAAAAUAUCGACACAGGGUGGAAAGGAAUGCUUAGAAAAAGAAAAAAUAUGGUCUUUUGUAAAAAUGCUGAUUGAGGAGCAGUCGCAAGCUAGAAAUGCUGAUUUUGAUGUUCUUUUUAAUAGUUUUUCAGAAGCAACAGUCUUUGAUUAUCUCAGAAGAAUUCAUUUUAAAAAUCCGAUAAUGAAGAAAUUUACUGAUUAUAUUAAGAAAGGAAUAGAUGAAGAUAGAGAAUGGGUGGUGACACAGGCGAGUUCAUCGGGAGACAAUGUAAGGCUGUAG